UAAAUUGGACACGUCGACGUCGGCUGCUCGCUCGUUUCUUUCAUUCGGUUUUUGAAAUUAAAGGCGUUUGAACGCAAGUGACUUUCUAAUUUUUGUAUAGGAAGUGCAGUAAUUCAAGUCCCAGACACUAAUUCAGGAAAAUCACAAUGGGAAUAAAAUUCCUGGAAGUAAUUAAACCCUUCUGCAGUAUACUGCCGGAAAUCGCAAAACCCGAGCGUAAGAUCCAAUUCAGGGAGAAAGUGCUAUGGACUGCGAUCACACUGUUCAUUUUCCUGGUAUGCUGUCAAAUCCCGCUUUUUGGCAUCAUGAGCUCAGACUCCGCGGAUCCCUUUUACUGGAUUCGCGUCAUCCUGGCCUCAAACCGUGGCACCCUCAUGGAGCUGGGUAUCUCUCCAAUCGUGACUUCGGGUCUAAUCAUGCAACUGCUGGCCGGAGCGAAGAUCAUUGAAGUCGGUGACACACCCAAGGAUCGGGCCUUGUUCAACGGCGCACAGAAAUUGUUCGGCAUGGUGAUCACCAUCGGCCAGGCAAUCGUUUAUGUUAUGACUGGCAUGUACGGCGAUCCGUCUGAGAUUGGAGCCGGUGUCUGCCUGCUGAUUAUCAUCCAGCUGUUCGCUGCUGGGUUGAUUGUCCUUCUGCUGGAUGAGCUGCUACAGAAGGGUUACGGCUUGGGAUCUGGUAUUUCCCUUUUCAUCGCCACCAAUAUUUGCGAGACUAUCGUGUGGAAAGCAUUCAGCCCGACCACCGUUACGACAGGACGUGGCACCGAGUUCGAGGGCGCCGUGAUUGCCCUGUUCCACCUGAUGGCCACCAGGAACGAUAAGGUGCGCGCUCUGCGUGAGGCCUUCUACCGCCAGAACCUGCCCAAUCUGAUGAACCUGCUCGCCACCGUGUUGGUGUUCGCUGUGGUGAUAUACUUCCAAGGCUUCCGUGUCGACCUACCCAUCAAGAGUGCCCGCUACCGUGGCCAAUACAGCAGCUACCCCAUUAAGCUGUUUUACACCUCCAACAUUCCCAUCAUCCUGCAGUCCGCGCUCGUGUCCAACUUGUACGUCAUCUCCCAGAUGCUGGCUGUUAAGUUCCAGGGCAACUUCUUUAUUAACCUUCUGGGUGUGUGGGCCGAUGUCGGUGGUGGUGGCCCCGCCCGUUCGUACCCCAUUGGAGGACUGUGCUACUACUUGUCGCCCCCAGAGAGCGUGGGUCACAUCUUGACUGAUCCAAUCCACGCCCUGCUGUACAUCGUCUUCAUGCUCGGCUCCUGUGCAUUCUUCUCGAAGACGUGGAUCGAUGUGUCUGGCAGUUCAGCCAAGGAUGUUGCCAAGCAGCUCAAGGAGCAGCACAUGGUGAUGCGCGGACAUCGCGAGAACUCCAUGAUCCAUGAGCUGAACCGUUACAUCCCGACGGCGGCAGCUUUCGGUGGUCUCUGCAUUGGAGCCUUGUCUGUGAUGGCCGAUUUCCUGGGCGCUAUCGGCUCCGGAACGGGUAUCCUGCUGGCGGUUACCAUCAUCUACCAGUACUUUGAGAUUUUCGUUAAGGAACAGUCCGAAAUGGGCGGCAUGGGUACGCUGCUGUUCUAAGCAGUGGGAGAAGUUAACACCCGCGAUCCAAUCCAUUCAUCAUAGUUCUUUCACAAGCUCGCACUCGCUCCCAUUAAAAAACAAACUAAAUUUUGCGUUUUGUUUUUCUGUCAUUUUUCUUUGUGCGUCCACCAGACCCCCGCAAUAUGCGUACAUUUUAAGGCGUUUGGCUGCUAUAUUCAUUUUCCCGAAACAAACAGAAGAAGCCUACAUAAAAACUUUAUUUUGAAUAGUCUUUAGUUUUAUUCAAAUGUAAGACUACGUUGCUUAAGUUCAAUAUUUCUGUGAAUUGAUUGAAUUUUAAUGCAAUCACUUGUUUUAAUUUUAAAUCAAUUGAAUUAUAAUUAAAGGAGAAACAAAACAUGAAUGGCGACAAUGAAAUUAUUAAAUCGAAAGUGUACAUCAAACGAA